AUAUAAUCCUCUUUUCUAAUUAAUUUCUCUCUCUAUUCCAGUUUUCCAACUUCCUCACCGCGCCGUCUUAUAGGACCGUCGUACACACACCGGCCGAGAAUGUUGAAUGGCCCCUCAUUGGGAAGAGAAGAGAAACAAUCAUCUACUUUCACUCUAUUCAUUUCUCCCAAACCAAAUUCUCUAUCUCUACCAACACAACAAUCACAUUUAACUAGAAAGAGACACACACAGUUUAUGAUACUCUUCUGUUCAUUCAAUUAAUAGAGCAUAGCAGCUAUGACGGACCCUCCCAAUCCUUCACCAAUCACACACUCUUCACCUACCUCUCUCUCUCUGUUAGAAACCUCACCUCAACCACUCCCUCCUUCCAAAAAGAAGCGAAGCCUCCCUGGAAUGCCAGAUCCAGACGCUCAAGUUAUUGCUUUAUCACCAAAGACUCUGUUGGCCACCAACCGUUUCGUCUGCGAGAUCUGCAACAAAGGAUUCCAACGCGACCAGAACCUCCAGCUUCACCGGCGAGGCCACAACCUGCCGUGGAAGCUGCGUCAGCGAGGGAGCAAGGAAAUCCGCAAGAAAGCCUACGUGUGUCCCGAACCUUCCUGCGUCCACCACAACCCCUCUAGGGCGCUGGGUGACCUCACCGGCAUUAAGAAGCACUUUUGCAGAAAACACGGCGAAAAGAAGUGGAAUUGCGAACGUUGCUCCAAGAAAUACGCUGUGCACUCCGAUUGGAAGGCUCAUAUGAAGACCUGCGGUACUAGAGAGUAUAGAUGUGACUGCGGCACCUUGUUCUCUAGGAGGGAUAGCUUCAUAACGCACCGAGCGUUUUGCGAUGUAUUAGCUAAAGAGAGCGCCAGGGCCCAUGUCCAAGCCCAAGUCGGGGCUUCUUCGCCGCCUACGCCUCCGCUUACUCCCUCUACCACUGUGGUGUCUCCGACUCUCUCCAUUCAGAGCUCAGAAAUUCCGGAAAACCCAACGAAGAUGUCGCCGCCGUCUUCGAACGCAACGUGUAUAGUGAACGGUGUGACAGGCAGCACCCCUUCUACUUCAACUUGCAGCACUGUUUUUGCAAGUGUGUUGGCAUCGUCAACAACAACGGCGACUCCUAUCCAAUCACCCUCAACUUCCUCAUUCUCCAAUCUCAUGUCAAGCAUGGCUCACCCGGAAUGCCCCAAUAGCAUGUCUAGUAUGACAGAGCCCACAUCCCUCUCUCUCUCCACACCGCUCUAUCUCUCUAAUAAUGACCCACCCCUCUUCACAGCAUCUCCACAACCCGCAUUAUCUGCCACUGCGUUACUCCAAAAGGCAGCUCAAAUGGGUGCAUCCAAUGCAUCCUUGCUUCGGGGUUUAGGCUUAGCAGCAUCAUUUUCCGUCGGUAAAGAUGACAGUGUUGGCACCCCAACAAUACAAUGGAACGGCCAAGUAAAGCAAGAGAAUCACCCAGUGGUAGAUAAUCUUGGGCUUGGGCUUCCCUGUGGGAAUGGGGGUGUAAUGGGCCCGUCUAGCUCAUUUGUUGGCCCGCCCAUGACUCGUGAUCUUCUUGGGCUGAGCAUCGGUGACGGGGCAAGCAGGGGCGGUCUCUCUGCUUUACUUACUUCAUUUGGAGGGAACUUUGAUUCAUCCGGUGAAGGAGGAGGACUUGGGCAGUAGAAAACUAAGAACUGCUUUGUUAGUUGCACGAACCAACCCUUCUUGGGGUGGUCAGUGGGUCUUUUCUAUAGGCCCCCCGUAAUUUUUGUGACGGGUAAAUUAGCCAAGUCUCUUGCUAUUCGGUAAAAUGAUAGGAUAAAAAUCACAUCUAUUAGAAAAUGCUUUUUAAAUAUUUAUGUAUAAAUGUCUUUUCACUUUGUCUAUUCUGUAAUAAGUGUGCUGUUGUCCAAAUGUACAUAUGCCCCUCCGCGGUUUUAUUUUCUAUAUAUUGCCUUAUUCCAUGUUGAUUCUUACUCC